AUGUCAAUAAUAAAUAAUAAAAAUAAAAAUGAUUUAAGUGUUUCAAAAGAUAAUAUUGAAACAUUUAAUGAAAUAUUAAAAGAAUUACAAAAAAGUGGAUUUAAAUCAAUGAUAUGCAAUUUAGAUGAUGAAGUUGUUUAUUGUGGUUCCGAUGAUUGUGAAAUGAUUAAAUUCAACGAAAUUGUAGAAAUAAAGAACAUUUUUAAUGGAAGCAAUCCUUUAGGAUUUUUUAUAGGUGGACAAAGGUAUUUUUUAAAGCUCUCAGAUGAUUAUACAAUUAGAGGUUCAGGAUGCUCCGGUAUUACAGAAAAUAUAAUUAUAGAAAGAACAAAUAACAAUAAAUGCUUUAUAUCAAUUUACGAUGCCAUCAACACAAGUAUCAACGAUGCAGAAGAAAAAUUCCAAUUAAUAUUAAAAUAUUAUUUUAAAAACAAUAAAGAUGAAAUAAUUUCAAAUAAUUAUAAAUAA